AUGAGCGUAGAUAACAACGAGACCGAGAUGAAGAUCGGACACCCACCGGCAACAAAAGUCGGAGGACGUCGCAUCGUCAAUCGUAAGGAUCGCAAGAAUUCGGACUCGAAUGAUAACGGAAACUCGGAGAGCUCUGACGACGUCGCCGUCAGAGAGAUCGUAGACGUCGAUUUGCCGGCUAAGAUGGAACGCUCGUAUCCAACUGAAGCUGUGAAGCGGGUUCACGAGAAGCCAGUGCCAGCUGUUCAGCCUAAUCAUGUCUUCCGUGCGGACAAGUCUGGAUCAGGACAACAUCAAUUCCAGCCACGCAAGCAGACUCACUAA